AUGGGAAAACCACAAAAAAUUGUGGUAAUUGGGGCCGGCCCAGUCGGCUCUCUGGCUGCAUUAUACGCAGCCAAUCGUGGGGACAAUGUUGAAAUUUACGAGCUCCGAAGUGAUCUUCGAGAUCCCUCAACGACACCCCUCAAUUUCACCAAAUCCAUCAAUUUAGCAUUAUCGGAGCGUGGCAUCAAUGCCAUGCGCCAUGCGGGCCAACCCAAGUUGAUCGAGCAUGUCAUGGGGGCUACAAUUCCCAUGCGUGGGCGUAUGAUUCAUGGGAGGCGGGCAAAUGGGGAUCUUUAUGAAGAAUCCCAGGAGUAUGAUGUGCAUGGUCGGGCCAUCCUCGCGGUUGACCGGGGCCGUCUUAAUGAGCGCCUCUUGGAUAUCUUGGAGGAGAUGCCAAACGUGACAUUUUUCUUUAACCACAAACUCACAGGGGCAGAUUUCCGGAACAACAAGGCUUGGUUUGAGGUCCGAGAUGACCCAGCCAAGAAGCAAGAGACUCGGGAAAUCGAGGCACGCUUUGAUUUCAUGAUUGGCGCAGACGGCGCCCACUCGGCGGUUAGGUACCAUAUGAUGAAGUACACUAGGAUGGACUACCAACAAGUGUACAUUGACACCAUGUGGUGCGAGUUCCAGAUCCAGCCGAGGACGCCGAGCUCGGAUGACAUUACGGAGUCCAAGUUUUUGAUUUCACCAAAUCACCUUCACAUAUGGCCCGGCAAGGAAUUCAUGUUUAUUGCCAUUCCGAGCGAUGACGGUUCUUUUACCUGUACCCUAUUCGCCCCUGCUUCCUUGUACGAAGAGCUCGAAUCCGACACAACAGGCGUUUCCAUCCCUCCUUUCUUCGACAAACACUUCCCCGGCGUGACCGAGCUGAUCCCACCCUCCGAACUGAUCGCCUCCUUCCGCCGCAACCCCCACCUCCCACUCAUCUCCAUCAAGUGCAAGCCACACCACUUUGGCUCCUCCGCAAUUAUCCUCGGCGACGCCGCCCAUGCUAUGGUUCCUUUCUACGGGCAGGGAAUGAACGCCGGGUUGGAAGAUGUCCGGAUCCUGUUUGACAUUUUGGAUAAACACUCACGCAUGGACGAGCUCAGCCCUGACGCAGACCGCAGCGCCUCACGGGCGCAUGCCCUCGCCGAGUACACCGCGGUGCGUGUGCCCGACGCCCAUGCCAUCAACGACCUGGCGCUGCAAAAUUACGUCGAGAUGCGCGCCUCGGUGCUGUCGCCGGUCUACAGGCUGCGCAAGUUUCUCGAGGAGGCCCUGUCCAAGUAUCUCCCAUCCCUCGGCUGGCAGACUAAGUACGCGCGUGUGUCGUUUGGCAAUGAGCGGUACUCGGAGGUCGUGGCUCGGAGUGAGCACCAAGGUAAAAUGCUAGUGCGUGGGUUUGUGGGGUUGUUGGGGGCACCUAUCCUGGCCGGAGGAAUCGUCCUGUUCUGGCGGUACAGGAGGGUCAUGGAUGUCGGCCUGAGGGCUGCGUUCGGGUCGGUCGAUUCGUUCGUGGAACUCAUGAUGAUGAACUAA